AUGGCACCACGAGACAGGUUGGCUCAGCUAGGAUCCAUAACUGCCAGUUUGAUGGUUGCGUGGGCUAUGUUUCAGCGAUCCUUUCUUCAUGGGCUGCCAAACUUCGUCUUGGAAUACCAUCAAAUAUUGCCAAGUUUCAUUUACCCUUACAUCGAAAUCAGGUUUAACGAACACACAGACCAUCUCGUUUUGCGGAGCGAAGCUUACUCUGCCAUUGACAACUACCUUAGCUCCAUUAAUUCCUUUAUGCACUCAAAGGGGCUGAAGGCGAACAUAUUUCAGAACAGCCUGUCUCUUAGUCUUAGCAUGGAUGACGGCGAAGAGAUUGCUGAUCAGUUUGAAGGGGUUAAAAUAUGGUGGGCUUCUGGGAAAAUUAGAAUUUCCAGUGCACCAAUAUCACUGUCUUUCCGCCCAGGAUCAGAGGAGAAGAGAUACUACAAACUCACUUUCCAUAAACGACAUCGUGAUCUCAUUCUCGGGCCGUACCUGAAUGGCGUCCGGAAAGAGGGUAAGGCGAUUAAGAUGAGAAACCGGUCACGAAAGCUUUACAGCAACGCAGGGCCGUACUGGAGCCAUGUGGUGUUUGAGCACCCAGCUACGUUUCAGACAAUAGCAAUGAAUCCAAAGAAGAAGAAAGAAAUUAUCGACGACCUCAUCACAUUCAGCAAAGCGGAAGACUUCUAUGAAAGAGUUGGGAGGGCUUGGAAGCGAGGGUACCUACUUUACGGUCCUCCAGGAACCGGCAAGUCUACCAUGAUUGCUGCCAUGGCCGAUCUUCUAGGCUACGAUAUUUAUGACCUUGAAUUGACUGCGGUGAAGGAUAACACCGAGCUGAGGAACUUGUUAAUUCAAACUUCAAGUAAGUCUAUUAUUGUGAUUGAGGACAUUGAUUGUUCACUUGAUCUCACUGGUCAAAGGAGGAAGAAAAAUGAGAAAGUGGAAGCAAAGAAGGAUUCGAUUUCGAGGCGAAAGCUAGGAAAGGAAGAAAUGGAUACCAGAGCCGCCAGUCAGGUUACUCUUUCUGGGCUCCUAAAUUUUAUUGAUGGUAUUUGGUCAGCUUGUGGUGGGGAAAGGCUGAUUGUGUUCACGACAAAUUACGUAGAGAAUUUGGAUCCAGCUCUGAUUCGAAAAGGACAUAACUUGUUUCCCAAAAUCAGUGUUCUGUUGGAAGAAACAAAUAUGACUCCCGCUGAUGUUGCGGAUCAUUUGAUGGCCAAAGUGGUUUUAGGGGACGCGACAUUUAGUUUGCAGAGUCUGAUCCAUGGUCUUAAAACGGCAAAAGAAGAAGCGAGAUUGAGAGCUGAGAAAGAAGCAAGAAAGAUCCAACAGUUAGUUGAAGAGUAG